UCUUUUCCAUUUCGUUGGCCAAUCGCAUUCCAGGAAAGUUCGCUUUUAGUUGAGAAUUCGUGAAUUCAGCACCUAUCAUAAAGUGUUCUUUACUUCGUUCGUAGUAAUUGAUAAUCGAAUGAGUGUUGGUGAAAUAAUUUAUUUUUUGGUUAUCAAGCAACGUAUACCUUGCAAUUUUAAACAAUACACAUUUGCCUUAAUAUUAAUAUAAUACACUAAGUCAUAAAACAAAACGCUGUUCUUCCAAAACGUAAAGAAUCGAAUCAAGUGCCUGUAACAUUUACACGCUUUUGUUUUUAUUAACUUAGCUAUUAAAUCGUUAUUAUCGAGUAUUUCGUGUUUUCGUGCAGAACUUGCAAUGGUCCGAGCUGUUUUCUAGCAUUGUCCAGGCCGAUACAACUUUUUGCAUGAGGUCGCGGCGGCGCUGUGGUGUCCGCAUGGAAGGCAGGCGGACCGGUGAGACCGCGCCGCACAAGCAGGCGCAGCACCGCCGCGUCCGGCGCGCCCCGCCGGCAUGGAUCGCGCGCGCCGCCCGUCGCCGCCGGAGCCCGCGCACCAUCGGCCGCUCCAAGGAGGACCCGGCCAAACCCAGACAGAGGCCCCGCCAGCGGAGGCCUUAAGCGAACCAGAGACUUUGCGGCUCGCCCCGCGCGCGCUCGCCUCCAUACCGGAGAGCGAACCUUUGCUUACUUGCGUAAAUGUCGUCAGUGAAAAUGUGCCGAGGAGACCUGUAGGUCGGUUACAUGUGCAGUUUGACGCGCAGUCGCCGCUCGCCGCCGGCUCCGUGUCCGGCUCGAGCUCGAGCUCGAGCUCCGACGAUGAGGAGCUAUCAAUCGCCGAGGCGCGGCCCCCGGACGGCGGCUGGGGCUGGGUCGUCGUCUUCGCCUCCUUUAUGGUUAACCUUAUCGCCGAUGGAAUCACGUUUAGCUUCGGAGUAUUCUACCCGCAUUUCUUGGAGUACUUCGGCGAGGGUAAAGGCAAGACGGCUUUGAUCGCAGGAAUAUUUAUGGCGAUGCCCCUCCUGUCGGGCCCGAUUUCCAGUUUUUUGACGGAUAGAUAUGGAUGUCGUCGAAUGACUAUUUUUGGGGCUAUUUUGGCAUCCAUUGGAUUUGUUAUAUCAGCGUUCGUUGAUAAUGUGGAGACGCUUUUCCUCACUUUCGGCAUCAUGGCCGGCUUCGGACUGAGUUUGUGCUACGUGGCGGCGGUCGUUAUCGUGGCCUAUUAUUUUGAGAAAAAGCGUUCUUUAGCUACCGGUAUAUCGGUGUGCGGCAGUGGAAUUGGAACGUUUAUCUUUGCACCCCUGACGCACAUCUUGCUGGAGGAGUACGGGUGGCGCGGCACCACUUUGAUACUGGCCGGUUUCUUUCUCAACAUGGCCGUAUGCGGUCUGCUAUUCCGCGAUUUGCCAUGGACCGCAACGAUGAACGAAGAAAGAGCAAAGGAGAGGAAACGAAAGAGGGAACGAAAACGUAAUAAACGCCUAGCGGCUUCGGCCGAUAGCAUUUCGGAUAGCAAGAGCAGCGCCAGUGGCUCGAUUAAAGUAGUCGAGUCCGGAGAUAUAGAGACGGUGUCGUCUCCGAUUGUACCACAAUUUAGUUCCCUAGUGGAUCUGCCGACGUUCAUGACGGGCGGGGAAGGCGUGUCUCUCGAAGUGUUCGAAAUGAUGUCCAACAAAGGCAGAGCGUACGCGAUUAUGGCUCAGAAUUACCCAGGCAUGAUGUUACCUUCGAGGAGCUUCAGCGAUAGCGGAAGGCUGCACGAGCAGUCCCCACCGCGAGCUUUGACGUCACCGGGCACCGCGUCGCCGGGCGCCCUGUCCCCGGCGACGCCACCGCCUCCGCAGGAGAACACCAGCAAUUCUGUGCACCUCGGAGACAAAGCGGCCGUGGCUCUCUGGCUGCGACGACAAGCGGGCGGCAGCACUAAAAAACCUCCGGCGUUUUUGAAAGACUUGAGAAUACAUCGGCAUUCCUUAACGUACAGGGGUGCGAUGUUGAACAUAAGCCGAUACCGGCUGCGAGCUUCAUCGUGUCCUAACAUCUUCAGGAACUCUAUGACCACCAUUGCCAAAGAAAAGGUUCAAUGGUACGCUGGUCUGUGGGAUUUCUGGGACUUGAUAGUGGACGUGCUUGACUUCUCGCACUUUAGGAACCCGGCGUUCCUCGUGUUCACGCUAUCCAACUUCCUGCUUUACAUGUGGUACGAUGUGCCUUAUGUUUACAUCGCUGACAGCGGCAUCAGUCUCGGCUUCAACGAGUCGCAAGCCUCCAUGCUCAUCUCUAUUAUAGGAAUACUUAAUAUGUUCGGAGAGAUCCUGCUGGGCUGGGUGGGGGACUGGGAGUGCGUGGACGCGAGCGCGGUGUACGCGUGCUGCAUGCUGGCGUGCGGCGCGGCCACCGCGGCCAUGCCGCUGCUGCGCGGGUACGUGUCUCUGGCCGCAGCCGCGGGCGCGUUCGGGGCCGCCAUCGCCGCCAACUACUCCCUCACCUCCAUCAUCCUCGUGGAGCAGAUCACGCUCGAGAAGUUCACCAACGCGUACGGUCUGCUGCUGCUCAUACAGGGCGUCGCCAAUCUCGCCGGACCGCCUCUCGCAGGUUGGAUCUACGACAUGACGAACUCGUACGACCUGUCGUUCUACUUGGCGGGGGUGUUCAUUGCGCUGUCGGGGGUGGUGUUCAUCAUCCUGCCGAUCUACAACCGCGUCAAGCGCUACCACCAGCAGCGCAACACCUCCGCCUCCGCCUCCGCCUCCGUCUGCAGCGAGGAGCCCAACAUCGCCAACGGACACCUCAAAGUAAAUGGUAAGCUCCUCGUAUGAUAUCACACUGGAUAAAACAUUAUAUUCAUAUCGGAAUUUUAAUUUUCACUAAGGGACUUUCUAAGUCAUCUUUAAAUUGACUCUGAGUGUGGAAGUUAAUCGCUUUUAACUGUUUAACAAUUGUGUUAAAUUGACUAUUUAAAUAUAUAGGAAUGACAGUAUGUUUUUAUACAAGUGUUUCAACAGUGGAAAUUCACAGUUAAACUUGUUAUGUACAAAAUAUGCGAUAUUUACUAAAAUACUUUUAGUAUAUUAUACGGUAGAGGAGUAGAAAUAGUAAUUGAUUGUAGAAAACUUGAUUGAAAACUUAGGGAAGAAAAUUGAAACGAAAUCGAUUGGAGUUUAAAUUUUACUAUCUUUUAUAAUAUUGAAAAUCUUCAGUAAAACUUUUUACUA